AUGCUAUUCUUAUUAAUUAGGAAUUUUAAUGUCUUUUGAGAUAAGACAUUAUCUCUAUUAAUUCUUAUCAGAAUGCUUUUAGAUUAUGAUCAGAAAGAACCUUUUUCUAAUCCUUUUCAAGUUGAAAUUCCAGAAAUUUCUAACUCUGAAGUAACUAAGCAAGAUGUUGACAAUUAUAAGAGCAUAUCCAACAGCUCCUAUAAGAAUUUACAUUAG